GUUUCACACGAAACUGUAAUAAAUGUCAAUAAUUGUCAUCUAGUUUGGUUUUAUGAUAUGCAGAAACAAGCAAAUAGCAUCGUUUUGUGUAUUGCUUUUAAUUAGAGAAUCGAUUUUGAGGAAAUUGUUUUAUUGAUCUGCGACCAAAAUUCAAGAAACAAAAGCUGUUUUGAAUACUGGAAUGCCUCCGGUGAAAAAUGAAGGUGAAAGUGAUGCAGACGGUGAUAUGUCUGGUGGAGAGUCUGACCACUCCGCUUCUAGUCGUGCACCGGAUCAUGAUUCCAGCGCCGAAGAAGCGGAUGAACCAGAUUCCGAUGAUUCGUCCGAGAUGAGCGAAGGAGAAUGCGAAAGAAGACGAUCUGAUUGUCUCGAUAAUCUCACGAAUCUUGAGAAACAAUUUGUAGUUUUAAAGGAACAACUGUACAAAGAGAAAAUGCACCAAAUUGACCAACAAUUGCAGGAGGUUCGUGGUGGUCGGUCACAAGAAUAUUUAGCGCCGUUACAACGACUAGCCGACAACAUGAAUAGCCGUAAAGAGGUGGCCGAAAUUCUUAAAAAUUUUCGAAUGGAGAACAUCCGGCAUAAAUUUGAGUCGGAACUGCAGGCAGCUCGACAGCAUUUUGAGAGUGAAAAACAACUUGCCAUGGACGCCAUCUAUGAGGAGUUGAUGGAGAAAAUACGAAGGUUGGAAGAAGAUCGCCAUAACGUAGAUAUAUCGUGGGCCGAUUGGGGUACCAGUACAAGAACUUCAAAGGUUAGAGGUCCUGGUAGAAAAAAGGCGGUCACUGUUUCUGGCCCUUACAUUGUCUAUAUGUUACGUGAGGAGGAUAUUCUUGAAGAUUGGACGUCGAUAAGGAAGGCACUGAAAAGAUCGACUGCUGCUGCCACUUGAUAUUUGGUGUAAAUCAGCAGUAGAUAAAUUAUGUUUCACUGCACGAAUCCGGUUUAAAUUUAUGUUCAAUCGAUUUAAGUUCUAAGGUAUUUUAUUAGUUUUACUCCAUAAGUACUUUACUCAGUUCGCAAUGAAAAAAUGAAUGUUCUUCGAGUGAGUUCUUUGUUAUAUGUGCUGUACUUUGACAAGUUUGUAUUGCUUUUAUUAUUUUGGCAAUAAAUAAGAUAGGAUAAAUAGCAUAGUUUUAAAAACA